UAUUUCUCACUUAACAUCUCAUUCAGCUGUGUUUUCAUCUAUUAGUGCACUUUGGAUAAAACCAGAUUAAAAAUGGGCUGCUUCACAUUUGUCAAAGUUGUGAUGGUUGUGUUCAACUUGCUUAUCUGUCUGGCAGGCAUGUGUUUGGCGGCUGCAGGGAUAUGGGUGACAGUGGACGGAGAUUCCUUUAUGAAAGUUUUGCCACCUUUCACUGAUGAUUUCCAGAGGUAUGUCAGUGUAGGAAUCUUCAGCAUCACUACUGGAGCAGUUAUGACUCUGCUCGGACUGCUGGGGUGCUGUGGAGCUCAGAAAGAGAGUAAAUGCCUUCUUAUAAUGUUCUUCUCCAUCAUCUUGAUCAUUUGCAUUGCUGAGACGGCAGCCGCAAUAGUAGCCCUGGUCUACUCCUCAUACACUGAGAUCAUUCUAAGAGCAUGGGCCACACCUGGACUAAAGGAGCAGUAUGGGAAAGAUAAAAUCCUCACGGACUUGUGGAACUCAACCAUGACAACAUUGCAGUGCUGUGGCUUCAGUAAUUACACAGACUUCUCUGAAUCCUACUACUAUAAGCAGAAUGGGGGCCUUUACCCUCCUACCUGUUGUGCAGGUCCUGAGCUCUUCCCCUGUGACGACCACAAUGCAGAUUUCAGUGGUGUGGUGGGCUGUUUUAAACAAAUUGUUCAGCUCAUCCAGAGGAACGUCAACAUUAUAAGAGGAAUAGCUGCUGGAGUCACUGCCAUUGAGGUGGCAGCGAUGGGAGUGUCUAUGUACCUUUAUUGCUACCUGGACAAAAAAGCCACCUAAGAGUCUCAUCUUACUAGAUUUAUGUAAAUGCAUCUUUUCUUUACACUACAAGCUAGCAAAGAUUAAUCAAUACUUUAACUGUAGAUAACAUUGUAGAUAUUAUGCAAUUGUUGUAGCAUUUCAGUUGCAUCAUGUUAACGAGGUGAAGUGGAUGACAAAAUUGUUGGUUAUUUGAUUUUGAAAUCAGAAGUUACAUAAACAAUUUUCUUCUGAGUAUGUAAUGUAAUGCAGUUCAUGAAAUAUAAAUGUUGCUGUAUCCCCUUCUACAUGAGAAAGUAAUUUUAUAACCAGAGUUCAUUUGCAUAGAGAAGCCAUAAUUGUUUUGCACUGAAACGCUUCACGUCACACAAGCUGUUCUUAUACAUGAAAAAUUGGUUAAGGGAGAGCUAGGAAAGUGUUUGUGGAGAAUGUCUUAUAAAUAAUGCAUUUUUGCACCAAACAAAACUAUCCCUAACCCACUGAAGAUAUAUCUAUGUAUGAUACUGACUGCUCACUUAUCCUGAGGAGGAUAACUUGUUCUUUUAACUUGGUACAGUUGAUACUAAAUAAAAUGCACAAGAAAGCAUGAGUCAGUCCAGUUCCUCUAAGAAUCCCUUAUAAUGAAAGUCAAACAAGCAAAGUGUGACAACCUACCCCACUGAUUUGAAUGGUAUAUAUCAUAAUGAAUGAAUAGAGUUUUAAAUAAUAUUUAUACACAAUAUUGCAUAGAGAUUGUGACUUUAAAGAUUCACACACUACAUUUCAGUCUAUAGAAACCAACUACUUUAGCUGACGGAAUGACAAAAUAACUAGACAACAUUGGCACACACAGUCGAAUCAUUUAAGCAAGGGAUCAGCCUAAUUAAAUUUGCCUUGAUUUCAAUAGUCACCAUUUCUUUUGUGGCUGCUUCAAUUUUCUACAUAAUCUGCCUGCUGUGCUGUCUACUUACCGAACAGGAAAUAAUAACAAUAACAAAAUAAUUUUAAAAUAUCAUUCUUUUGAAAAAUAUACAAACUAUCUGCAAAAAAAGAAUAUAUACAAUUCUAAGUAAAGGAAAUAGACAAUUUGAAAGGAGCAAAGCCUCAGCAAAAUUCCAAAGGU